UAGUAAGUAAAUCAACAAUCUUGUUCAUUACAGGGCAAAGGAAAACUGCUACAUGUCACGUUUUGCACAACUUUGAAUAUUUAUUUACACCUAGAUGUAAUGCAACAUAUGACUCUCAAUAUUACUGUUGUUGGAUGUACUUUUAGUGAAGGUAAAAUAUUCUCACUGUGAGAUUUCACACACUGGAGCUUGUUAAUAAAACAUGAGCAGAACGAAUCCCUGCACAAAUCCUCAACAAAUCCACUCACAUACAAAUUGUCCUACUUAACUGAAUGUGACAAUUUGCACAAAAACUGUCUUAUCCAUUCUGUUGGUGUGUCAUCAUGAAUAAGGUCCAUUGUUUAGUUUGUUUGACUGGAGAAAAAGAAGUCAUUUCAGUCACGUUUUGGCACAUUUCGCACCCAUUGCCUCGAUAUCAAGUCAUGUGACUCUAUAACCAAAUUAACCAUUUUACCGCAGUCACUUAUUAAAUACUAACAAUCAACUGGCACACAGCACUCAGACUUUUUUUAUAAAAUGCCUUUAGUUUAUAACAUGCCCUUAGAUUUAUAUAUAGCUUACAACUCAAACAAUGAACCCCAUGCUGAGGGUGAGAGGAACUAAAAAAAGCUUAUCUAUAGUUGUGAAACCAGGAAUAGGAGGAGAUUUCUGGUCACUCCCUUCUCAUGUAAAUGACCAGAUCAGUGACGAACGUGCACAUACUGUACGUCUGUGACAACCUGUCAGAUGGGCUCGGACUGAAUUACAAGUGUUCUGAAAAACACUGGUAUUAAUGGACAACGGGAAUGCAAAACAUAAUGGCACCGACCAAGUUGCCCCCCCUCUGCGGCUGCUAAUCGUAGGGCAGAAGCGGACAGGAAAGAGCUCAGUGGGCAACACAAUCCUGUGUAAGGAAGCAUUUAAUACAUGGGGUGGAGCAGACAGUGCAGUAGCACAUGGAGAAUCUGAGGGCCGACAACUGAUGGUUGUGGAUGCCUGUGGAUGGGGCACGAAUGAGAACCUGGUCCAUAAACAGGAGAAACUAGAGAUAUUUAACGCCUUGUCACUAUGUGAGCCCGGACCCCACAUUCUGCUCCUGGUCAUUCCCUUACUGCACUUUAGCCACUCUGAGAAAGCGGCCCUACAAAAGCGCAUGGAGAUCCUCACAGAGGGUGUGUGGCGCCACACCAUGGUCGUGUUCACGCUUGGGGACCGUCUGCGUGACUGCAGCAUACAGGACCACAUCCAGACAACCGGGAAGGAUCUCCAGUGGCUAAUGGAGAAGUGCAGGUAUAGGUGCCACGUUCUUAACAACAAGACACCCCAGGACAGACAGCAGGUCUCUGGUUUAUUGGAUCGUGCGGAAGACAUGCUGAUGGAGAACGGGGGAUGGCACUUUUCUCUUCACAUGUACAGCAGACUGGAGGAGGAAUGGAGCCGAAGAGAGAUGGAAAUGAAAGAAAAGAUACUAGAGAGACAUGAUGGAGCAGGGAAAACCAGCCGAGGACUGGCUGUGAUUUCUUAUCGCAAUCAAAAAGGUGGUCUGCGUCUGAACGAUACUCUAAUGAAAUUAGUUUACCACGGAUAACCUGCUGCCAAACCAAGUUAUACAGCACCGUUUCGGCAUGAACUCAAAGUGAACUUCUGAACUGUAAAUGUGUUCAUCAACAAAGAUUUUAGGUUAAAAUAUAUCGGAGUCUUCCUUCCUGCAACUGCUCAGCAUUUGUCUCAUUUUGUCUCUCAUUUCACUUUAAAUGUGUCCAUUUCACCAACAACUACUUUCUGAUUUCAUUUUUUUUUUUCCAGUUUCAUUUUAAGUGGUCCUGCGGUGUGACAAAAGAUUAGAUAUUAGAUAUUUUAAUUUAUGAAUAUUUAAUAUUUAAUAUGUUCCUAAAAAUAAUCUAAUUGAUUACAUUGAUAUUU